AUGUCAAGCUCCUCUAACCAAUCUUCAGAGAAGAGGAUGCGUGCCAUUGAUAGAUUGGAUCAGCACAUGAUGAAGAGGUCUAUGAAGAACAGUAAGUCCUCUUCACCGUCAGGUCCUUUUCUCCCAUGGUUAUCUCACAAGUUACCUUCAAAUUCGCAGUCAGAUUCAAACGGAAGCCAGAACCAUGAAAUUAGCUCGCCAAGUCCAAAGAGAAGAAAGACUGCAAGUUUGAGCCCCAUCAGGAACGUGGAAUCAACAAUCGACGGUCCUUCUAAUACUUUUCCAAUUGAAGCAAGAGUAGUUACAAGCGUCCAGUCAUCACCGAUUAAAAAGACGGUGGCAUUUUCUGAUAGAGUAGAAUCGUCACCAACACAGCAGACUCCAAGGUCUUCUCCAAGACCCAGUUCCCUUCAAAAACCGGUGAAAUCGAUUUUGAGAAAUACUGAUGCUUUAAGGAAAUGUGUCAGUGAUAUUAGCUUCAAGAGACCUCCAUUUUUGAAUCAAAAUAUUGAUAGAAACAAAACUGACAGGACCGCAGGAAUUGAUCCUCAUAGGCUCGAUUUUUGGGUUGGCGGAGAGGUUCACUCAAUGCUAGACCCUUAUAAUGUGCAUGAGUUUUUCAAUAUCAUAGAUGGUGGAUUGAGAAUUCUAUCUGAAAAGACAGAUGAAUGCGUUGUAAAGAGGUUUGAAAUUUAUGCUACUUUUAAUAAUAUCAUGCCUCCAUCAUCCACUAAGGGACUAAAUGAUAUAAACGAAAGAAAGGUGAACGUCCUGAUCGAUCAAAUGGAAUUUAUAGUAAAUGUAUGCUUACCGCAUUUAAAGGAAGAACAGCAGAAAUUAUUGUCUACUGGUGAGAAGAAGGAUCCAUUUUCAUUAAGGCUUUACGUACAAAUUGUCAGGUUUUUCAAUUUUAUUCUUUCUAAUUUCAAACUUUUGAAAUGGUUAAGCAAUAAACCACAGCUUCAGACGAAUAUCAAAUCAAUUUACGAAUUUUCAAUAGAGGCCCUAACUCAUGAUAAUACUAACAAAGUCAUGGUGGCGGCUCAAGUUGCCCUUCUAGGAGAUAGUAAAUUCGGAUCUUUUUUCCUCAACGACGAUGAAAUUACUUCUCUCAUUCGUAUCAUACCGUCCAUUAAAGAGAUUCAAAGUACAAAUUUAAUCAAUGAGAAAUUAAUUUUGAUUAGGAGUUUAAUUGCCAAAUAUCCAAGGCUUAUGAUAGAUCAGGUUUCAAUUUGGUUUUGUGGGGAAGUUUUACCUAGAAUUUUGAUAGAAAAUGAACUCAACAGUACCAAAAUUGUAGCUACAGCUGUGUCUACUACCUUAGAUCUUUUGAAGAAAUGCCUAGACUUUUCUAAGGGUCAUGAAGAAAUUUAUAGGUGUGUGGAAGUUCUUUUUGUCAAGGACGUGGUACCAAAGAAGCUUCUCACCAAACUCACACCGUCACAAGAUGAUAACCUCGAUAGCAUCGCACAACAAACUUUAGGCCAGUUGUUAAGAAAACAGAUCAGGUAUUUGAUUGUUGCAAAGCAGGAGUAUAAGUUGGCCAUGGAUUUAUGGUUAGCACUGACCGGCUUACUUUAUAACAAUAUUGAUCGGUUGGACUACCUAAGUACACACAUUGACAACGAAUGGCUUAGCCUUAAUCUCCUCUGUUUUCAUGCUUCCAGUGCUCAAGCAAAAUUGUUAUCUAUAAAAGUCUGGCGUGUGCUUACUUACUCCAUCUGUACUCACUUGGAACAUGAAACGGUAAAAAACAUAAGAAUUGUCAAUCUUUUACAGAGACCAUUUGAAUUUACCCAGCAAGAGCAGUAUGAAUUUAAUGUGAUGGAAGGACUCAUAUUCCACCUAACAGGAAUCAUAUACACUGCAUUUAGUGGGCAUAGCACCAUAUCUGGUGAAAAAUUCAGUUUAUUAUGGGAGCAUGUUGUGAAACCCGUAUAUAUGAGGAAAAUUUUCCCUUCAACAAGCAUUCAACUGAGAAAUAGAGCGAUCGUAUUAUUGCUACGAUUAUUGGGUAGUAAAGUUAUGGAACAACAAGCGAAUCAGCAGCAUCAACAGGAGAAGCAACAACCUCAUACACAUAGAAAUAUUACCAAAAAUGGCGCUCAUCCCAUCAGAGUAAUUGCAUCUGCGGGUGUAAGCGCUCGAGAUAUCCAGCCUUUAUCCGCUAAUGUCAUAGGAACGAAUUUUGAAACUAUUAAGGACUUGAUAUUUGAAGCCAUCAGAAGCAAUUCCUCAAAUUUGAGUCAGAAUAGUGAGUUAAUAACUGCAUUGCUAAAACAAAUGCCUAGUAAAUUUGUCAACGAAAAUAGUCUUGAGGAUUUUGCUGAACUUAUCCGGGAAAUUUCAAUUCAAAGAAAAGAUGAUAAGAACGUUGGUAGCCACUUUGUCCAACUCACUUGUUGUUUAAUGUCACAGUUUACACCUUUGCUUUUUGAAGACCGAAAGAACUUCGAAGCAUAUCUAAGAAAGUUUGAAUUUAUCUUUUCUGUCAAUCCAGACACGAAAGUUAAGCUUUUGAAAGAACUCAUAAUGGGACUGAGGGGUAAGGUGCCGGAGUUUUUUCUAAUUGAGAGUUUCUUAGAACCUCAAAACGGGGCCAUAAGGAAGUACGUAUCCAACUGGAUUGGAUCGAUGCUUUUAUCCCCUACAAUUCCAUAUGAGCAUUUUUGCAGUCUAGUAAGAAUUGUGAAUGCUGUUCCGACGACUGAAGUUUUACAGAAUUUCUUGAAUCUCACCUCCAAGGUUCCUUUUGAAGUUGAUCUUUUCCAUUUAUUGAAUUUAAAGAGUUGGGAUGAUAAAGAGCUUACACUUUUUCUCAAAAAUUCUAUCAUCAAAAACCUUAAACCGAAUAGACCGGAGCUUUAUUCAUUUUUGGAAAAUAUUUUGCGUGAGAAUGAACAAUUAUUUUCCACUCUGCUGCCACUUCUAUGUCAGCUCGGUCACUACGAAGUCUUAAGACUUGUGCUCACUCAUCGUCCAACCUUUUUAAGUCAUACGUUAGGAGUGGACGAGGAAUCAUUCGAUCAAAUACUGCCUCUGGAGAAACUUUCAUUUUUUUUGAAAAAUCUUUUAAACUAUGAAACAUUUUUCCAAUUGCGUACCAUUCGAUGGGCUUUAAAGCAUAAUCAAAUUAACAUUCUAUUUGAAAACUCUUCAGUUCUCCAGAAAUGUCUUUUCCAACAAUGUACUAGUUCAGAAGAUACAAUGAAAAAGGAAAAGCUUCUAUUGGACUUACUAUCUGUUACGGUACUUGGUGAGAAAUGGCAUUAUUUGAGUCUUCUGGUAAUAUGGUGUAUGGAAAACAAUGAAAUUGGCCAUUUAACUACGUGUUUCUCCAAGGAAAAUCUGACACCCUUAAUCCACUUGAGUCCACAGGCGUUAGCCCUCAUGAUUAACAAGUGUGGUUCACUCAAUCCAACCCUAAUUGAAGCAGUUAAAAGGAGUUUUUUCACCAAUGAUACGCAAUUUAAUAUUGGUUUGAUUGAAGAGCUGAUUGUUCAUAACAAAUUUCAGCUAUUUAUCCUUUGUGGGAAAGAAAUUGUAACCUUUUUUCUUGAUAAUUCUAGCUCAUUGUCAGGUGUUGAACAAGACGGUGUAUUAUCAAUUUUUGAAAAAUUACUGGUUUCUUUAAUGGGCCAAAAGAAAUCCCUAGUUCUCGACUUUGUUGAAGAAAUAUCCGAAAAGUUACCAGAAGCUCCAGAUGCAUAUCUGCUGAAGAUCAUCACUAUACUAGUUGAGCAACUUCAGGUGAAUGGAAAAAAAUUGAAAAAAGAAAAUCGUUUUAGUCAAGCCUUACAGCGAUUAGUAGAACUGCACUACAACGGCAUAAAAAAUCAGUCCUAUGAAGAUCAUCAUGAAAAUCAAGAAAGAAUAAGAGAAACACAAUCUUCUAGUGAAAAUGUGCCAACUCCCAAGGGAUUCAACGAUCCGAGAAUUUCUGAAAGUCCAAGUGAAAAAAUCCAAGAAAUCAACGAGGUUCAAGUUUACGCUACCCAAGAGAAACAUAAAGUUCAAAAUGAGCCAGUAAAGUUAUCUCAUCAGACUGAAGGCCAAGUAUCCCUUGUAGCUAGUGAACCUUCCAGUGAUAAGAAAAAUCGACCAAUUUUGGAGGAGGCAGUAAUUGAUCCAAGAUCUGGGCGUGGAUUGUCAUCUGAAGAUGCCAUAGAUGUGGAAGAUUUAGAACCAGAGUCCCGUCGAGAAAACAGUAACAUGCAUUCUCCUGAUAUUUUAACAAAUAAUUUGGAAACCCAAAUUUCGUCCAAUGGUAAAGGAUCUUUUCUUAAUGGAAACGGAAAGGCUUUGCUCCCAUAUGACGCUGUAAGAGACGCCAGAAAUCGUGAUAUUAAUGAAAAUGAAGAACAUGUCUUUUCAAGAAUCCUGGGCGCUACCGAGUUUCGGACUUUUCCUAAAGACGAAGCGCGUGAGACGAAGGAGGUACGCGAAGAAAAAACUGACAAUCUUGAAGAAAGACCACAAACUGUAAAAGACGAUGAUGCUAUGGCCAGUGUUGAAAAUAAAGACGAGUCCCAAGUACUUGGGAUUCGAAUCCCAAUUUUCAAUUCGUCAAAACUACAGAAUAAACCAAAAUCUAAGGAUUCGGUUCAUGAAAAUGAUUUGUCGGAGCGAAAGCGCAAAAGGGUUGAUGGGAAUGAUGAAGAAGGUAACGAUUAUGAUGAGCACGAAGUUGAGACUGCAAGAGAAGUGGAUCCAAUAAGUACCCAACCAGAGGACUUAGCGAGUUCUCCAGAUAACGAAUCCACUUUUUUACAAGAUAGUAGAAGGUCUGAUUGGGCGUCUCAAAAUUCAGCACCAUCAUUAAGGCUUCAUUUCCCCACAAGAAAAUCACGUAAAUUAGUCAGUAAACUUCGUGGAUUUUCAUUAGAUGACAUCUCCAGGAUUUCACUCGAGGAAAAGAGAAACCUAAGAAUUGAACUUUUAGAUUUUAUGAUGAAGUUAGAACACGAAUCGCUUGCUGAAGAGUUAUAG